UGCAGCUGACCGAAGAGAAACGUCAUGAUCCCUAACAGGCUGAGCAGCCGGUUAACUCUGACGGCCUUAAGAUGGACCGCUGUGAGUCGGACCUGUCCCCCGUCCUGUCUCUCCACCUUGUCCAACUGCUUCCUGCAAAACCAAACAGCGAAGAGUAAAGACGGCUUCCAUUCAGAGUCUGCGGUGCUGAGACGAAUUUUGUGCAGCCAGAGUCGGUUUAAGUUGAGACCCAGAGAAACCCAGCGCAGGUCGUUCAGCCUCUCUGGUGCUAAUGUGGUGAACUCGGCUCCUGCUCAUGUCCAGCCUUACCUGAGACUGAUGAGGCUGGACAAACCCAUCGGAACAUGGCUUCUCUACCUUCCUUGUACGUGGAGCAUCGCCUUGGCAGCGGAGCCUGGAUGCCUCCCGGAUGUCGGGAUGCUUGCCCUGUUUGGUACCGGCGCCUUGCUGAUGAGGGGAGCAGGCUGCACCAUCAACGACAUGUGGGAUAAAGACUUUGACAAACAAGUGGCCAGGACAGCCUGCAGACCGAUCGCAUCAGGGGAGAUUUCACGGAUGCAGGCGCUGGUUUUCCUUGGAGGGCAGCUCUCCCUCGCUCUCUGUGUUCUUCUGUGUCUCAACUACUACAGCAUAGCUCUUGGUGCCUCUUCUCUCUCUCUUGUCAUCACUUACCCACUGAUGAAGAGGAUCACUUACUGGCCACAGCUCGUACUGGGGUUCACUUUUAACUGGGGCGCUCUGCUUGGCUGGGCCGCCGUGAAGGGCUCCUGUGAUUGGUCCGUGUGCCUUCCUCUGUAUUUCUCUGGAGUGAUGUGGACGUUGGUAUAUGACACGAUCUACGCUCAUCAGGAUAAGGAGGACGACGUUAAAGUGGGAGUAAAAUCCACAGCGCUGAUGUUCCAGGAGCGAACCAAACUUUGGCUGAGCGGCUUCACGGCGGCCAUGUUGUCUGGGCUGGUCGUGGCCGGAGUCAACGCCGAGCAGACGCUUCCUUACUACGCCGCGCUGAGCGCUGUGGCCGUUCACCUCGCACGGCAGAUUUACACAGUGGACAUCAACAAAGCAGAAGAUUGCUGGAAACAGUUUAGUUCAAACAGAAACCUGGGACUAAUGUUGUUUUUAGGAAUAGUUGCUGGUAAUUUGUUGAAAGAAUCUAAAGAGAUAUGACUGUAAAAUAAUGGAAACAGUUGGAUUGCACUUAAUGUAUUUUAAAUACUGAAAUGUAUUUAGGGAUUUAUUUUAUGAUCAAUAUGUGCAAUUAUUUUUAUAUUGUAUCAUCAAGGAUGUGAAAUGACAAAUCGCUUAGACUUAUUACUUUGUUUUUGUCUCAAGACAUAAAAUAUGUGGGCUUAACAAAUCA